UGCCACGUCAGCAACAGUGCCACAUCAGCAGUGCCACGUCAGCAACAGAGUCAUGUCAGCAGUGCCACGUCAGCAACAGUGCCACGUCAGCAGUGCCACAGUGCCUAGUCAGCAGUACCCCGCCACCAUGACGGGCUCAGCUCUGGGCAUGCCAGGCCAACUGGCCAGCGAGUCCAUUGCCGAGUACAAACAGCGGUUCCAGACUCAGCUCGCACUAAUUGAGGCUGAGGAACAGCGCCAGCUGGCAGCCGAGGCUGUCCGCCUACAGGCUGAAGCAGCGGCAACAGCUGAGAAGCAGCGACUUCAGGCCGAAGCAGACGCAGAUACCCAGGCACGCCGCAAGGAGGCCCAGGAUCUGCUACAGCGGCAUGAGGCCACCAGCAUCGAAAAACUCAAGUAUUGGCACUUUGAACCAUCCGAGGAGCACGACGACGCGACACCGGAGGAGCAGCACAGGGAAUUCAUGGCCAAACUCGUGACUCGGUUGGUCUACACUUGUAACCACCUGCAGUCCAAGCUGGCGAAUAUGCAGCGGGCCAUGUGGAACCAUAAGGCUCAGCAAGAGGAUGCAGCACGGACACUUGAUUCCCAUGUACAGGACUUGGAGCAAACUGCACCAAGACCAGAAGCUGGCGAGUCCAGCAGUGCACCCUCUGCCCGCCAACUGGAGGAACGCGUCGACCACGUCGUCGCAAUGCUCGGCGACAUCAGCACCUUCGCUGCGCCAACCACCAUCAGCAAACAGUUGGACACCUUGAAGACCGAGGUUGAGCAACUGCAGCUGCCUGACAAGGAUGGCAACAGCACAACGCAUUAUAAGAUGCCAACUUUCCAAAUUGAGAAGUUCGAUGACUACACGCAUCAAGACCCGGUCCUCUGGUGGGAAGGCUUUACGACGCAACUUCGGAUUCUGUUCGUCGCCAAGCACGUGUACAUCGGCGCCCUGUUUCUCAACUCAAAGGGCGGAUGCCAGAUCUGGUUAAGCCACCUGGCAUCCGUCCACGGCGUCGACGUUGCAGAUCUGAAAGACAAGAUCUCAUGGGAAGCGUUAACACGGCUAUGAAAGAAGCGGUUCAUCGUGGACGACGCGCCAGCACUCGCCAUCAACCGUCUCUUCGCCAUGACACAA